AUGUUUGCGAAAAUGGUGUCGAAGUUGACACCUCUGCAGCAUCAGCUUCUGAACGCUUUGCUAGACUCCGGAGUUACCAAAGAUGUUCUGAUCCAGGCGCUGGAUGACAUGGAACCCAGUCCGGCGGGCUUUGGAGUAAAGCUGGAGAAUUUACAAAUGUCUCCAUCAAGCACCAAAAUGAACGGAGGAGAUUCGGAUUCGAAGCCGGUGUUUCACACGCUCACCAACGGGCACAAUAAGGGCGGCAAGUUGUCCGGGGACGAGGGCUCCGAGGACGGGGACGAUUUCGAUACGCCGCCGAUAUUGAAAGAACUCCAGUCGCUCAACACGGAGGAGGCGGCGGAGCAGAGGGCAGAAGUGGAUCGGAUGUUGUCAGAGGACCCAUGGCGAGCCGCGCGCACGAUAAAGGGAUACAUGCAGCAGCAUAACAUCCCGCAGCGCGAGGUGGUGGACAUCACGGGGCUCAACCAGUCUCACCUGUCGCAGCACCUCAACAAGGGCACGCCCAUGAAAACCACCAAGCGGGCCGCGCUCUACACCUGGUACGUCAGGAAACAGCGAGAAAUUCUCAGACAAUUCGACCAUGUGCAAGGUUCUGGCAGCAAUAUGACAGACAAAGGCAGUCAGGAUCAGGUGCUGUUUUUUUUCCCAGAGUUCAAUCAGCCUGGGCAAGGUAUGGGGCAGCCCAGCGACGAGGCGGGCACUGAACCCGCCAGCAAGAAACUGAGACGCAACCGCUUCAAAUGGGGACCUGCAUCCCAAGAGAUCCUCUACCAGGCCUACGAGAGGCAGAAGAACCCCAGUAAAGAGGAGAGAGAAGCCCUGGUGGAGGAAUGUAACAGAGCCGAGUGUGUGCAGAGGGGGGUUUCCCCGUCCAAAGCGCACGGCCUGGGCACCAACCUCGUCACCGAAGUGCGCGUCUACAACUGGUUUGCCAACCGGCGCAAGGAGGAGGCCUUCCGGCAGAAGCUGGCCAUGGACGCCUACAGCGGGCCGAUCCACAGCAUGAACCCGCUGCUGUCUCACAGCUCCCCACACCAGCACCACGCCAGCGCCUCCCCGCCCAGCAAGAUGCAAGGAGUCCGAUACGGCCAGCAGGGAACCAGCGAGGUCACUUCCUCCACGGCCAUCAGUCACCACGGCAACAACGGCAUGGCGACCAGUCAGUCGGUGCUACAACAGGUGUCUCCGGGAGGCCUGGACCCCAGCCACAGCCUGCUGUCACCUGACGCCAAGAUGAUCUCGGUGUCGGGUGGAGUUCUGCCCCCUGUCAGCACCCUGACCAACAUCCACAGCCUGUCCCAGAGCUCCCACCAUCACCAGCAGCAGACGCAGAACCUCAUAAUGACCAUCGCAGCACAGAGUCUGAACUCGUCCCAGGCGCAGAGCGUGCCGGUCAUCAACAGCGUGGCGGGGGGCCUGACCACGCUGCAGCCCGUGCAGUUCCCUCAGCAGCUGCAGAGCCCCCUCCAGCAGGGCCUGACGCCCCAGACGCCCGCCCACAUGUCCCAGCAGCCCUUCAUGGCCACCGUCACGCACUCUCACAUGUACCCGCACAAGCAGGAACCCCCACAGUACUCUCAUCCCUCCCGAUUCCCCUCCGCCAUGGUGGUGACGGACGGCAGCAGCAUCAGCCACCUCGGCUCCAUGUCCUCCAGCAAACAGGACUCACCUGUAAACAAGAUGGUGCAACUCGGGGGUCUCUCUUGGUGCCCUCUGCAAGCCUGGUGAGCGUGUGCAGCUGAAUCCCCUGGUACCUGGCAACAGGAGCAUGCUUUUCCACUCUCUUACUGUGGUAACCGUGGCAACUGGAUUGGAUGACGAGUCGGUCAACAACUCAGCAGUUGCAGCCGUAGGCGAAAGAAGCACGGA